AUGUUGAGCGCUGCCGUCCGAGUGAUCCCGAUUCGCGGAAACCUCCUCGUCACCCGUGACUGCAGGUUGUAUUGGGUGACCGGCCAGCACGCCAACGAAUGUUCCAGCAUUGUGGUGGAUCAGAAAUGUGGGCCAUGGUCGACAGUGUCCAGCUCGCAGAAAGCUGCGGCAGUCGUGUGGCAGUACAACUCGGGCAGCUGGACGUCAGUGAGCUAUGACCAAGGGCAGGGCGUUGAGAACGCUGACUUGCUAGUUUACGUAUCCGCCCAUCCUGGGGACCCAACCUGCACGUCUUCCGACACGGCCCUGGCUUACUCGGGAGUUUGUCAACGCGACCAGCUCGACCGACCUGUGGUAGGAUACAUCAACUUCUGCACGAGCACGCUGCAGGACCGAGGCUCCAGCACCCCCUCUCAGUCUGACAUAAUGAUGACAGUCCACGAACUCACACACAUCCUAGGUUUCUCUCGAACCUCCUUUGCGUUCUUUCGUGAUGAGAACGGGGACCCAAGGACUCCUCGCUGUCCGGAUGCUGCAUCUUGCAGCUCCAGCGACACCUCUGGCUACCCUCCGUUCUCAGACGCCAUCAACAACUACUUGAUCUCUGACUCCACGGUUCGUAACAGUCAAGAACGUGGGCUGGUAGUGUCAAGGUUGGUCACGCCGACUGUCCAGUAUGUCUCGAAGCAUCACUUCGAUUGCGACAGUCUGAUAGGAGCAGAGCUUGAAAAUGGUGGAGGGACCGGGACGAGACUGAGCCACUGGGAGAAGCGAGUGUUCAUGAAUGAGUACAUGACUGGGAACACGUAUCCUGGCUCAGUGGAUGUCUUUUCGAGCUUUUCGUUGGCCCUGCUGCAAGACAGUGGAUGGUACGAGAUCGAUUUCAAUACUGCUAAACACCUCAAGUGGGGUUACAAGCUGGGUUGCAAGUUCGCUUUGGAAAAGUGCGUUCAAAAUAACAAGGCCCAGACUUCGUUCUGUACUGACCCACAGAACGAUGGGCUUGUUUGCACUUACCAGCGGGAUGCCCUGGGAUAUUGCGGACUUCAUGAGUACUCACAAGACUUGGGUGCGCCCUAUCAAUACUUCGCAGAUCGGAAGAAAGGAGGUGAUGAUCCACUACCAGACUACUGCCCCUUCUAUCGACCGUAUCAAAACGCUGUCUGCGAGGACCCACAGAUUCCGAUCAAUCCGGCCUGUGGAGCGAAGGGAACAAGCUGCAGGGGUGGCGAGUAUGGGGUGCAGACUGCAUGCAUUGAAUCUACCCUGUGGCGCCAGGGCUUUUCAACGACGCAAGGGAACCCCAUGGCCGAUUGCUACAAGUACCGGUGCUCGAAAAAGAAUGGC